AUGCUUGCCUCGAAGAACUUCGCUGUCCUUCUGCUGGCCCUUUUUGGAGGUUCCACCCAUGUCGCCGCCAGCGAUCUCAGCAGUGCCUACCGCUUCCGUCCAGCACCAGGCUACACCAAGGCCUCCGACGUGGCUGCCAAUCAGUCUGUGCAGAGACUCGUCCGUCGUGGUGACUACAUCGACACUGCCACAGCUCUCGUUGCGAGCACCGAGCCGAAUACCACUUAUCGCGUCGUGGGCGAUCACUACAUCGGCGCCAAUGGCAUAGGCCAUGUCAACUUCAAGCAAACCAUCGGUGGGCUUGAUAUUGACAAUGCCGACUUCAGCGUUCAUGUCGCUCGUGACGGCAGCAUCUUCUCAUACAGCAAUGCCUUUGUGGCCGCCGAAUCGAUCAGCCGCAACGCUCUCAUCGAGCGAGAGGCACUGCUGGACCCCGUUGCUGCUGUCGAAGUUGUGCUUGCAACAUUCUCUUACCCAGUCUCCGGGACGGGGAAGAGUGUGGCUGGAGAAGAUGAAAACUCGUUCUCCAUCGAAGGCAUAUCUGGUCUUGUCGAGAGACCUCAAGUGCGAUUGAGCUACAUGGUCGAGCCGGCUGGAGAUGUCACACUCGCGUGGCAGGUCGAGGUUCGCCAUGCGCGGCGCUGGCUGUCGGCGCAUGUCGCUGCUCAAGGGGAGGCGCGCGUGCUCGGCGUCAUGGAUUUCCACUCUCAUGCGACGUACCAAGUCUUCCCUUGGGGUAUCAACGAUCCCUCGGAGGGCACCCGGACUGUUGUCCAGGACCCCCAAGACACCACCUCCUCCCCCAAAGGCUGGCACGCCGACGGCCUCGAUGCCAACACCACGAUUGGCAAUAAUGCUCAGGUCGGUGCUGUACCAGACAACUCUGGCCUCGUGCACUUUCCCGACAGCGACACUCUCGACUUCCAGUUCCCCUACAGCCCGGCGGACCCGACGCCGCGCAACUAUCUCGAGGCCGCGUGCACGCAGGUCUUUUACAUCAUCAACAUGGCGCAUGACCUCUAUUACAGCCUCGGGUUCACCGAGGCCGCAGGCAACAUGCAGGCCGACAACUUUGACAAAGGAGGACGGCCGUAUGACAGGGUCCAGGCCAGCAUCCAGCUGUGGAGUGGGAUGAACAACGGCAUCAUGACGCGCACUAUUGACGGCCGGGUGUCGUACAUGGAGCUGUACAUCUUUGACAAGACGGUGCCCAAGCGCGAUGUCGCUUUCGACAGCGGCUUCGUGAUCCAUGAGUACACCCACGGCUUGACAAACCGUCUCACCGGCGGCCCUGCUAAUGGGCAAUGCCUCGACUCGUACGAAGCGGACGGCAUGGCCGAAGGGUGGAGCGACCUCUUCGCCGCCGCCGUAGCCAUCAAGCCCCAGGACACGCCCGCGACCGCCUACUACGGCUUCGCGGGCUGGCCGCUCGGCGCGGCCAACGAGACGGCCCGCAUCGCGCUGUACUCGACCGACACGGGCGUCAACGGCCUGACGUACAAGGCCGCGGACAAUCGGCAGAAGGUGCACGAGAUCGGCACCGUGUGGGCGACGAUGCUCUACGAGGUGCUUUGGAACCUGAUUGACAAGCACGGCAAGAAUGACGGCCCGAAGCCGGUCAUGGGGCAGGGUGGCGUGCCCACAGACGGAAAGUACUUGAUGCUCAAGCUGCUGACGGAUUCGUUUGCCCUACAGCCAUGCAACCCGACAUUCAUCCAGUCCCGCGAUGCCAUCCUGGACGCUGACCUCGCCAACACGGGCGGCGUCAACAAGUGCGAAAUCUGGAGGGGCUUCGCGAAGCGCGGGUUGGGUGUCAAUGCCGUGUUUCGCGAGAAUGGGCGUGUGGACAACUUCGAUCUGCCUCAGGGCUGCUGAACGGGGAGAGAGAAUUAUGGGACGCAAUGCCAACAGCAUGGGUGGACUUUGGUGGACCAGGUCCUGGUCUUGUGCCUUGAUGGUGGUGUUCAGUCUGGCAAAAUACGAGCACCUUGCAAUUACUUUUGAGCUGAGGCCCCGUCUAAUAGCAC